GACGCGUGCGGAUGUCUUUCCAGCUUGCUUCUCAGUAAUAUGAGAACUCACGAACGAUAUUUUUGAAUUUUGUCAAAAGAAAAUAAAUAAACAGUGUGUUGUUUUUUUGUCGAUACGAAAAUAUUAGGAGAAAAAUUGUGUUUUUUGUUUUUUUUUUUUGGGAAAUUAAAUUGUGGUUAUAUUUUUUUUAAAGUGAUCUUGUAAUAGUGAGUUCUUAGUUUGUGAAAGUUUAGUGGUUUUAAAGUUAUAUUGUACAAGAAAAUGCCAUCGGACAUCCGAAACCAAACCCUCAACCGUUCGUAGAUGAUAUCAGUGCCCGACCUGGAUAUACAAUGGAACAUAACAACGGACACACAGACCGAAAUCAUUAUAGAAAACGUGGGAGAAGAAAAAUACAAUCUAUCGAACAAUUUCUACAAUGUAAUCAGAAGAGCAGAUGAGGUUUCUGAUAAUUGCAGUUUAAAUGUGAAUUUAUCUAAAAGUGGGUGUGUAGAAGUGACUUAUGAUGGCGUGGAAAUUAGUGUUGUGUUUAUACUGUGUUUGUUAAUAGUGGUUACUGUGAUAGGUAAUACUUUAAUAAUCUCUGCCGUGGUUACUACAAAACGGUUGCGAACUGUGACCAAUUGUUUUGUGACCAGUUUGGCUGUAGCUGAUCUGCUGGUGGGGAUCUUCGUGAUGCCGCCUGCUAUUGCUGUUCAUAUAAGUGGUAAAUGGGAGCUAGGCUGGAUCCUCUGUGACAUCUGGAUCAGUCUGGACAUCCUCCUCUGCACAGCUUCCAUCCUUUCACUCUGUGCCAUCAGCGUGGACCGCUACCUGGCUGUCACCAGGCCUCUUACGUACUCCAGAAGAAGAAGAUCCAAGAAGCUGGCUCUUACCAUGAUAUUCUUUGUGUGGAUCGCAGCAGGAGCUAUCACAUGUCCUCCUAUGUUUGGUUGGUACGAACCAGACCACAAUCAGAAUGGAAACUGCAGAUACAAUCAGAAUCCUGGCUACGUGGUGUUCUCAGCCAUGGGCUCGUUCUUCCUACCCAUGGCAGUGAUGGUGUAUGUGUACGCUAGGAUAUCGUGCGUCGUGGCCAGGAGACACCAGCAGCUAGCCAGUAGCACCAAGUGUAAUAAGAAAGGAAAACUCUCCUGCAUCCGCACCGAAUCGGAGUCCGGAUCAGACAAGAUGUCGUUACGGCAAUCAGCUUCAAAACAGACAUCAAAAAACUCAACAGCACACAGCGACUGUUCAUCGCAAGACCACAAAUGCCCCUGCUGUUUCCGACCAGAGAAAAAAAAGAAACACAGAUCUAAAGAAAAAGAAUCUCGCUUCUACAACAACGAUGUUACAUUCAAAGCGAACUUUAAAUACAAAAACACUACAAGACGGACUCAUUCCAUGAGAGAACAUGUAGAGAAUAAUCGUGUUUCUUCUUUAAGAAGGGAGACUAAAACUGCGCAGACUUUGAGCCUUGUGGUCGGCGGUUUUGUUGCCUGUUGGCUCCCAUUCUUCUUGUACUAUCUUCUUACCCCUUUCAUUCCAAGUAAUUACGUGAAUCCAGUCCUUAUGUACAUACUAACAUGGCUGGGGUGGUUCAAUUCAGCGAUAAAUCCUUUUAUAUACGCUUUUUAUUCACCUGAUUUCAGAGUAGCUUUCUGGAGGCUCACUAUAAGAAAAUGUAAGAGAAAUAAACGUUAAGAAUUUGUAUUAUUUCAAUUCGAUUCACUGUUGGUAGUUUCUACUGUUUAUAUUACAUCUGAUAAAUAAGAUUCUGAUCCAUAUAAAAAGAUUCGAUGGUAACUGACAAGUUUGUAUUAUGUCAGGCUGAACAACCGAAUUUCGUUUCUAAAGAAAAUGGGAUAGGUUUCAAAUUGAUUUGCUGUUGGUUUUUGUUUCUUGCAGUAAUCGUAACCAUAUUUCUGUAUUUACUGGGUACUGUUGAAUUAUUAUUCGAUUUCUUUGGAUGAUUUUGUAAAUCAGUUUGAGACUUGUAAGCGAUAAGACGUUGUUUUUAUUGUCAUUUCAUUUCACUCGUCUUCUAUUUUAUUGGUUCUUUCACCUGUGUUCUGAAUGUGAGCAUAAAGGUAAGUGUCCACAGAUCUGUAUCAUACGCAUCGCACGCAACGGAUUUUAGUUUGUCUUGUAUAGAAACUCAUGCAACUGCGUCCACGGAUCCGCAUCGUACGGACUGCUCAUCGGCAAUGCCUACAUGCGAUGCGUACCGAUGACGUCAUACGGAAUGCCGAUGCCAAAAAUCCGAGUGAAAGUGGGAUCGGCAAUCCGAUUGCUAAUACUCACGUCGGCAAUCCGAACGCUGCCGAUACAGUGGACGCAGUCUGAAAAAUUAAUCCGUUUGAUGCGAUCCAUCCGAUGCGUACGAUGCGGGCCUGUGGACGCUUACCUUAUAAGAAGAUAGUUUCCUGUGAUACGAAGUUUUAUAUUACAUAUUAGAAUGAGGUUAAUGAGUUUUUACAUAAAAUGAAAUUGGGAAAUUGCUGCGGGAUCAUAAAAAGUUUCUGUCGCUUCGUGAAAUUUGAAAUUCUCUGAAUUAUUUUGUCUAUUCCAAGUAAUAGGUCAACUGCCUACUUAAUGUUUCUUUUGCAAGUAUUUUAAGUAAUUAGAAAAUUAAUUUGUCUUUUGUAUCUUUGUGAUUAGUUUUAUCUGGGACUUUUUUAAUGAGGAUUCAGUUUAAAGUGUACAUUUAUUUUAAAGUUAAUAAACAUUUUUUGUAAAUAAUAUUUAAUGUGUUUUUAAGAUUAUUACUGGCAAUAAACAAACGUAGACUCAAUAAAAUUUGGUUGUGUAAGUUAUAUUGAAUCAUUAGAAGGAAAUAUUAUAAUAAUACUGGUUUCUGCCAGCGACUUCGCCCCCUUCGCGUGUCUUUAAUAUCCUAUCGCCCUAGUCAGCUCAUACUCUGCCUGUACCAAAUUUCAUAAAAAUCCGUUCAGCAGUUUCAAUGUGUUUGACGGACAAACAUUCAAACA